AUGGCCCAUGACUUCAAACUCGAACGCGAAGGGCGGGGGAGAAGGGCAGUUUCCGAUUCUUCGGACCUAGUUUGUUUUAAUUAUAAGGAUGUCCGAAUGACGUCAAUGACCAAUGAGCACAACACUUAUGACCCAACCAUUCCUCCACGGGCAUGGUGGCCCAGUUCCAGCACGAUUGGCGCCCUAAGGGAUAAGCGCCCGGAACCAGCGGCCCGCUACAUUAGGUCGGAGAUCGAUGCGGGUCUGGUCCGCGUGCACUGUGCGCUUGGGUGUGUAGUUCCUUCCUCCCAUGCUCCGGGUUGCAACGAAUACGACUUUGACUGUAUUGUCGCUACUACCACUGCCUAUAAUUCGACGGCCUGGAGACUUUUCAUGAUAGUUUCUUUGAAUAAAGGCUGCAGUAACGGACCUCUGCCCCCUGGUGGCCAGAUCUGGACCCCUCAGCCUGUUAACCUACCCCCCUCAUCCACGAGGGUCGCGACCCUUGGACCGGGUAGUUCUUGUUCGCAGUCUGGAAGCGCACCCGCACCUCUCGAACGCCAGCAGCGAGUACCACCACCUGGUUCUCCUAUACGGAAAACGGAUUGGUCACCUUCGAAGCACCGAACGCGACGUCGUUGCCGUUCAGUGCUGUGA